CGGACCCUCUGCCGCCAUGUCCAGACCCCUCUUACUGUGCGUCCUGCUGGCUGCCGUGACAACAGGCUCCUCGCUGCAGUGCAUGCAGUGCACAGACGUCGCGGGAAAGACCUGCGCCGGGAUAGCCGUGAACUGCGCUCCCACCUCCGACGUGUGCACGUCAACGCUCGUCCAAGACGAGAUCGACACCUCAGACCCAGAAAGCAUGUUUCUUCUCGACGGAUCCCGAAAUAAAACGUCGUACAUGUUUUUAAGGGAUUGCGGGAAUUCUAGCGACUGCAAUAAGGUGGUGAUUUUGAGAACCCCCUAUAACCGAAUGGUGAAAAGCACCCGGUGCUGCAGGUCCAACCUCUGCACCCCCGAAACCCCCAAACCGAUACCGGAAAGCGCACAGAACGGCGUCACGUGUCCCGGCUGCCUCACGGUCACGCAGGAUCGGUGCGAAAAGUACAAGCCGGUGAGCUGCAGGGGCAACGAGCAAAACUGCUUCUCCUUCUCCAGCAAACCCUCCAAAGGAAGUGACGUGUCGUAUGCGUUGAGCGGCUGCGCCUCGCAGUCUGCAUGUAACAUGGAGCUGGAGAUCGGUAAUCAGGUCCAGUGCACCAGCGGGAGUGAAGAUCUGUACCUACCCCUGCUCCUCGUGGCCCUCACCACCUGGAGUCACCUCCUGUACUGAUC